AUGGUUGCUCUAGAUGACAAAAAUCAGACCAUUAGUAUUCGGCUGAAUGGAAACAACUACUCCUAUUGGUCCUUUAUAAUGGAAAAUUUCCUACUUGGUAGAGGCAGAUUGGGCUAUGGAACGGGUUCUACUGAAAAACCAUCUGAUUCUAAGAAGGACACCUAUGAUGCUGAAAUAAGUAAAUGGGAAAUGAAAAAUACAAAGAUAAUGUACUAUAACACCAAUAAUACCCCUUUCACACCUUACGAAGAUGGCGUAUUGAAGAGCGCGAGAGAGCUGCCUCGUCUUGCUUUGGAAGGUCAUAGAGCUCUACCUUCUCCACCUGCUACACCUGCUCCACCUGCAACAACAGCUCUACCUGCUCCACCUUCUCCACCUGCUCCACCAGAUGUAGCAUUUCCACCACCAGCACCACCAACCUAUAGUGCUGGUACUUUUGAUGAUCCAAUCCUGGUAGACAACAUACCAGACACUUGCAUUGUCUUGUCAUUAGAUGAUGAAGAAGAUGAGGAAGAUAAUGUUUUUGAAGAAGAGUGUGAUGAAGAGGAAGGUCCAGAGGAAGAUCUAAAUGAAGAAGAUCCAGAGGAAGAUGUAGAAGAGGAUCCUGAAGAAGAGUAUGAUCCAACAGAUGAUGAGGAAGAGGAAGAGACAUAUUGA